GUCCGACUCCCGCCGUUCAACCCAAGUCCGGAGAAACUGGCCAGAACCUGGGAGGAGAGCGCGAAAGACCGAGGAUCUUCGCUCCUUGCCGGAGCGAAAAUGAAGCAGCGCCCGGCGUCUGCGGGAGCGGUUGUAAGGAGUAGAUCGAGCUCGAAGAUGAACAACGGAACGACGACGACCGGUGCAGCAGCCGGAAGAGGAAGCUCCGCGACGAGGAACCCUCCCUCUAAGAGCAGAAAUGGCAGCAAGGGUAGCAGUUCCUCCGCUGCAGGAGCUGCUAUUUUGCAGAAAAAUGCGAGUAAGUCGAGGGCGGGUGCUGCUGGUUCAAACGGAAGCAACAUGGCCGCUGCAACCACAAACAACGGCUCCACGUCCAAUGGGACGAACAUAAUGAACCAAGCGCUGCAAAUUGUGGAUAUCACUGACUCCAGACGGCAGCAGCGAAUUCAGGAGAUUCAGCGGCAAAUGGACAACAUUGACCAAUAUCCGCCGUCGCCGUUUAGUAGGAGGAAUAAGGAGCCGGCUGAAGUAGAUGCUCUACUUCCGCAGAGGCCGAGCUCUAGCGUGUCACCUGUAACAAGAAGGACGAGAGCGAACAGCUGUAAGGGAAGUAGCACAGUGUCAGUGAAGGAAGUUGUAGAGCAGCAGCAAGCAGCACAACUCGACGUAUUGCAGCGGCAGUUGCAGCUCCAGCACCAGCAGUCGCAACUAUUGUCCAGCAAGAAGAGUGAACCUGCAAAAAAUCCGAGCAACGAGCUAAACCAGCAGCUUUUCAAAUCUUUUUCCCCCGGUCGCGAAGCGAAACGCCUUUCCGAGUUCUACUUUUCUCCGCAGAAAGGGCACGUAUCAACCGUAAAAAUGUCUGGGUCUGGAAACUCGUGAUGCUGAGUAGCGUAGCAUGAGGAGGCUACAAGUGCUGGCUCAGCAUGACAAAUUUCUGAGCUUGUAGGUGUUGCCUAUUCUGCAUGACAAAUUGCGUCUCCGCAUGACAGAAAAAUGCGGCUCUUGGGCGACGUGCAUGACAGAUUUAAUGGUCAUGCCCGACAAGCAUGACAAACAUGCAUUCUUCCAGACCCAGACAUUUUUACGUUUGAUAGCACGGGAAUAAGAACAAAUCUUCUGGAGAUCAGGAAGAUCUACCAGCAGGGGGCAAGAAGACCAACACGCUGCACUCCCAGGAUCCGCGCACUUUGGUUUCCGAGAAGGAAAAAGCCGCCAUUUUGCUGGAGGCGAAUACGCAGCAGAAAGAGGGGGAAGAGACGAGAGUCUUGGAAGGGCAGAUGCGGUUAUUGGAAGAGCAGUUGGUGAAAGUGGAGCAAAGGAUCGAGGAAAAAGUGAGAGAACUCGAGGAGGAAAAGAGGAGAAAAGAAGCGGAGCAAAAGAAAAAGGAGCGCCUGGCAGAACUCGAGUCGCUCCGCAUGCUGCGUCACGCGUACCCGGAUUUCAAUACGGAAGAGGAUCCGGAGAUGGCGGAGAUGCUUUUGAGAGAGGUAAAAGAGGGGCGAGAAAAGGACAUCAUGGCGGAAAUCAAACUCGCUAUGGCAGUGUCAAAAUCCGCGGAAAAAUUCCACAAGAUCCGGGAACGCAGUCAAAGUCCGAAGAGUUGUAGCGGGCAAAAAUCACCACUAGCAGGUGGAUUUGCCUUGGCCGAACAGGAGCCGGAUUCGUUCUCCGUAGGAGCGAUGAAUCACCAGCGAACGAAGUCCUCCAGUAGUUCCUCGGGGGGAAAAAUUGGUGUAGUAGUACCUCAACACGAUAACUUAUCAACUGCAAAUAUGUCUGGGUCAGGAAGAUUUCGAAUUUUGUCAUGCUAGUCUGGUAUGACGUUGGACUCUGUAUUGCGUGGCCGCGAAGGGCCCCUUUUGCCUGUCAUGCAAAAACGCAGUUUCUCAUGCAAAAGCGGAAUAAAGAUGGAGGAAGGGCGGCGCGCGGCUCUCGCCACGUGCUGUCCGUCCUCGCGCCAACCCAGGACGAGGAUUGUUGAAGAGUGUUCUCUACCCGGAUAAUCGAUAAGCAGUCUGUACCGGGAGACUGGUUGAUGCGCAUGUCGCUCUCGGUGUGUUCUCGGAGCGCGUUCUCUCCGCUCGGAAAUGCCGUUCAAGUUACGCGACGGACGCGCUUUUUCUUCUCGGUCAAAUGUAGUACUUGUUGGUCCAUUCGGAGCGCCGUAUGUUCUGUUGCUGCUCGUGUCCUACACGGAGGUGCGGCGUUUGUACAAGGCCUCGUCAAGCAGCACUAUCAGGAGUGCCAGCCAUCGAAUCGAGAUGACCAUGCUUUUACUCGGAGGAACGGCAACAACGUGCGGACACCGACGACGACCAGACUCGGAACUACCGCGCUAUGUAGUACACUCAAGUUGCUGUCACGCUAACCAGCACGACUACCACGAGCAACUGCAGCACACCAGCACGACUACCACGAGCAACUGCAGCACACCAGCACGACUACCACGAGCAACUCCAGCACGACUAUCACGAGCUAACCAGGCACGACGCGCAGUCUUACCGCCGCCAUGGACAUGGCGUGAAAGAUUCGUAUCGGACUUUCUGGCCACGGAGUUGCGUGUGGGACUUCGUACAAACGGCGGCCGCCAUGCUGGAAAUGGUGUGUCGAAAUUCCUGGCCGCGGUGCUGACGAAGACGAAGUUACGGGCGCGCAAGGGUUAUGGGGUUAGUAGGGGAUUGCCAGGCACCCUACGUUCAGGUAAGUCCCGUCGCGACUCUGGCGUAAGACCCCCGCCCCCCCUCUCCCCCUUUGCUUCUGUUGCAGAAUAAGUCAAGUAGUUGCACUAAGACUGCCACGCACAAACUAAACCUUUAAGUUGUCACUGUGCCCCAGGUGGGUUGCCAGUCAGCAGUGACAAACAACUGGCCAAUGGUUUGACAUCUGUGGUCCGCGGCACUUGCCUUUUUCGUCCGUGCCGCAGGUAAGGCACAAAUGGUCCAGCCUCCCCUGUCCGGGUGGGGUUGCGGCUUAAGGGAGAGUCUCGCCCCUUAGCCCAAAGGGGUACGUCGUCUCUUCCGUGAGAACAAAAACUUAUGGCGUAAAAUGGGUCGGGUCCUGGAUCGUUCUGUAUGUUGGGCUGUCGCGCUCGGCUAGCUGGCCGGGCUGUGCUGAUCAGGUGUGGUGGGUAGCUCCCGACUGGUUGGCACUUGUAUUGGGGCGACUUGCCGUGGUAGCGCUCGGCUUUUGUAUGUUGAGGUCGCCGAAAGUGCUUCCUCGCCCACCCCCCGGGGAGGGGAUCCUUGACCUGUGGCGCUGGGAGCGAGUGUCCACUACAUGAUGAUGAUGAUGAUGACGCAACCCAGAACCACGGAAGAACUUGUCAUGCUGGGCAGCGCAUUACAGCGUGCUCAUUAUUCCCUUCCUUGCAUCACAAGUUCCAGAUGCAGACAUCAUAUUUGCAAUGCAUAUAACUACCACGGAAGCAGCAACGAAGAGAACGAAAACGAAGAGAACAAAACAGAGUACGCGGUUUCGUUCAAGUACCUCUUUUCUGCCGACGCGAUAUGCAUUGCAAAUAUGUCUGGGUCGGGAAGGUGGUAACUUGUCAUGGUAAAUCUGAAGCAUACAAAAAUCUGUGUUGCAUGAGUGCCAAAAGUAGCUUUCCACUUUCGACCAAGUUGGGAGGGAGCUUCUCAUGCAGGAUAGGCAUGGCAGUGGCAGAGACCACCUCGCAGAGUCUGUUAUGCUAAAUUCCGCAUUCCUGACCUCAUGGGUCAUGGAAAAUGAAAAUCUGCAUGACAAGUUUACACCCUUCCAGACCCAGACAUAUUUGCAUUUGAUGCGCGACACUAGAAGACGAUUCCGGCGGGUCUUCCUCGGCCUACAAUCAAGAACGACGGAAGGCGGCGCGCGAGAUCCGCCAGCAGCAAAAGGAAGAGCGGAAGUUCCGGAAAAAAUUGAAGAAAACUUCUACCCAUCACGGAAAAGAUCAUAACUUAUGCCUUGGACGCUCGUUAGCAUAAGAGGGGUGAAUUUGCAGUGAAUUUGUCUUGCAUGACUUGCAUUUACUUCAAAAGAGAAGUGCGCUGCGUGGUAAAGGGCUGGACACGAUCCCAAGCAGCUCACGCAGCGUGAAGGGCUGCUCGGUGCCAGGUGGCACUUGCAGCACCGAAAGAAGCGGUCUUACGGGGCCCGCCGGACCGUGUAGUGCAUAACCAAAGAAGGUGGAUCGUGGGGCUCUUGUUCAUCUGCGCGCUCACCUCAGAAGUUCCUCUCCGAAAUGGUCGAAAGGGAGGGCGACGCCUGAACACAGGGGCACGAGUACAACGCGCACGCUCUCGCGAGUUGUGGUUUGGAAUUGGAUAUCUGGGAGUAGCCUCGGGUGGAAGGGAAGGCACGACUCGGCCGCGGGCACUAGUUUGCUUCGCCUGCUGUGCUCGGCUUACAACUCCCCAGGUGUUUUUUGCCUCCGGAGCAAGUCUUAUUCGACGUGACCCCCAGGCCAAGAAUUCCCUUGGUGAAUUUUAAGGCUUUUUGUUUUUGCGACACUUUCUGGAAGCCCCAAAACCCGGAGUUUCUCAUGCGCCAGCGCAUUUUGAACAAGAGCCGGAGGACAAAAUUCACCGGCGUCCUUUCCAAAAUUCACCCCAAAAUUCACCGAGCGCCACUUUUCGACCGUGAUAAGCAAAGUUUAGCGCAGAAAAGUGCUCAAAAAAACGCACAAGUAGACCCUGGGAAGUGGGGCCGAGGGGAAAAGACAGGCGCCCGCUGUUGCCCUUAGCGCCUCUAUAUUCUGCCGAUAAGGCCUGGAGAGUUCACGCGCCUGCCGGAUAGACGCGUCAAAGCUCUCGGCCGGGUCCUUUCACCUUUGCUUCCGCGCCCUCAUCUUGCCUAAACUGCACUUAUGUGCUUCGCGGCUCUUGUUUUUGGCGUCUUUGCCGCGGCUGCUGCAGUGCUUGCUCUUUUGCAAGCACAGGAAGACGAAAAGACAUGGCCAAAGAAUGACGCCCAGGCCAUGUCCAGCUGCCCGCCGCAUAAGCCUGGACAACUUCUGCGGUGUGCAGAACCCACUUCCCAGAAGAGCAAAAGGGACAAUGUCCCGGCAGUCUCCUCUGCUAUUUGUCAUGCAAAAUUCACUACAAACUCGCCACUUCUCAUGCUAACGGGUGUUAAAGCUCUAAAUCAUAGCAACUUGCUCGGUUGUUCUCGUUCGAACCAACCAGGAGCGAUCUGUUCUGAGAUGUCUCCGCGGGGUAUCCAGGUGGUUCUCAACAGCCCAGACGGGGACAAAGACCACAUUGUCUACGACGAAUCGAUACUCGCUGCAGGGAACAGCCUGGAAUUGCGGAAGAAAGUUAUCGUCGACCAGCAUCAGCUAUCAAAUGUAAAAAUGUCUGGGUCUGGAAACUUGUGAUGCUGGGUGGCGUCUCAUGAUGAGGCCACAAAUGCUGCUGGCUCAGCAUGACAAGUUUCUGAGCUUCUAGGUGUUGUCUAUUCUGCAUGACAAACUGCGUUCCUGCACCACAGAAAAAUGGCUCUCUUGGGUAACGUGCAUGACAGAUUUAAAGACAUGCCAGACGAGCAUGACAAACAUGCAUUCUUCCAGACCCAGACAUUUUUGCACUUGAUAUCAGCCGGCUGGACCGACGUUCUUGCAGAUGAACGGGAGUUCUUCUGUAACUGCCGCAGGAACCGGCGCAUCCACUCGGCUUUUGCCCGGCGUGAUAAAGUCGUCCUCCAGCAGCUUUCUCGCCUCCGCGAACGCCGGGCACCCGAAGUAUGCCAGCGGGCUGGAACUUGGGUUGCUGAAGCAUUACCGCGACGAGAGCGAAGUGGACCGGUUUCUGAGUCAUGUGAAGCUGCCUUCUAAACAGGGGGGAACAAGAACGGCAGCUCGUCGUGCUGGCGGUGUAGAUCAUUAUACCAUAAUCGAUGGGCGGGGUGAAGACGCGAGAAGCGAAGACCAGUCUUCGUCCGAAAUGGAAUCUUCGUCCUCUUCGUCUCAGCCAACCUCUACUUCAGAAGCUGCUACACAGCAGAGCAAAAACUCUGCUGCUGGCCAGGAGCUUGUUUAUUCCGCGGAGCAAAGCGGGGCCGGCGGGGGCUCCUGUCCGGAAGAUUUACUUCAUCCCGUGGAUCAUGCAGCAGCAUCUACCUCCAGACCGGUUCGGAGAUCGAAAACCCUUGGAGCUGCAACCCAUGCGACUGAUGGAAUAAAUAAAAACUCUUCCUCCUCCGAUGCAGAGGUAGUAGCUGCAAAUCGUCAAAGAAGCGGGUCCUCGACGUUGCAGAGAGCCAACACCACCUCGGCAGUGACAAAGAAGAAGUCAAAAGAGGGCGGCAGGAACAAUAAAUCCGCGACGUCAAAAGAUCGAGAAAACAAGCCCGAACUCUCGGUCCCGAUCCCUAGGUUCGAGAAAGAGUUGCUGAAAAAAUCCUGCUAUCAAAGGUAGAAAUGUCUGGGUCUGGAAGAAUGCAACUUGUGAUGCUGAAUUUGGAUUCCAAAAAAAUCUGUAUUGCAUGAGCAGCAAAGGGAAUGCAAUUUUUGCUACGCGGAGAGGGCAUUUCCAUUUGUCAUGCGGAAUAGGCAUCGCGAAGCCUUCAAAAAAUCUGUGAUGCUAGGGCAUGCAUCACAGACAUGCUGGCCAAUGCAAAACAUGCAUGACAAGUCUCAGAAUCUUCCAGACCCAGACAUUUUUGCAUUUGAUACCUGCACGGUUGUGUACAGAGCGCCCCAGGGGUUCGACGAGGUGGUAAUAGUGCCCAGCCGCGACUUAUCCAAGGAAAAAAGUGUGUAAGUGUAACUUUCUUGCAGGAACAGCAUCACAGAUUUGUUUUGCAUGACAGAGAAAACCUGUCAUGCGUAGCUGGUACGCGAAAACACGCAUGAAAAUAGGCUCUGAUGCACAUCCAGCAUGACAAGUGUAACUGUAUUGCAACGUCUGCAACACGGAGUUACACUUACACAGUUUUUUUCUUGCAUACGACUGGAUGGUCCGCCACCAGGUAAAUGACUGUCGGGAAGGCCAGCAUUUUCUAGCGUCGAUGUCGAAGGUAAAUUCCUCUUGCGAAGAAAGUCAAAGUUCAUUCUCGGAGGCAGGCGCAGAUGGAGGCGCGCCUGGAGGAGGACGCGAUAAUGUAGAAGAAGAACAGUUGAGUAAAAGUGGAGAAAGCGAGGGGGUGAAGAGCAGUAACUCUUCUUCCUCGAGCUCUUCCUCCUUCCGGGUAGCGUCCUCCGACAAUUCUUCGCUACACAAUUCCAGCUCCAACGCGCGCCUCCUCGGCGCUACCCACUCGCACACGGGCUCCGCGAAUGUGGACAGUAAUUCGCACUCCCAUUCGGGCACCGCCAACGAGUCGCUGUUGGGCGGGUCGAGCUGCGAGGUCGUGGACGAGAAUCAUGAUGGCAGCAGAGAAGUCGUUCUGUCGCAGACCAGCACGCCGGCGGAUGAUAAUAAUCCUACUAGAGUAGAAGGAAUUGUUGCUCCCGGCACGGACUCCAGAUAUGAGGGUUUUCAUCCUGCUACCAGUACAUUCUCCACUCCCCGGACGCCGCCACUGCCGCAGGACGAGGUAGAUGGAGUGGAGGCCGCUGACUCAGGUAGUGACAACGGCGCAGUACUCGGGGAUGAAGAGAGCAGCAGUGCCACAGCCAGCUCCGCCGCGAAUUACAAUUUGAUGAGACAGCAGGAGGCAAGUGCGUCUAGUAUCAAUGCGCAUCAAGACGAGAGACUAGACGACAGCCACGGUCGUGGUGCACGGGCAAGAACACUAGUACAAUGCGAUGAAGAAGAAGCUCAUCUGCACAACCGACAGCGUGGCAAUUCCAAUACAUCAAGCGGCAGUAGUCUUCUCUCCAAUCUUGUGGACGCUGCUGCGGUAGUUGCAGGUCAAGAAACAAUUGAGGAUGAAGAACUAGACGACAAUAAUCUGUUAAACGAGACCAACAACGAGCUUGAAGUGCACAACACGGCGGCGGAAGACGACUUCACGUCUGCGUCGGCCGGGACGCGCUUGGCGUCGCCGCAUGAGGAGGGGUUUGCGGGGGAGGAGGAGCAAUUGUUUGAGGAAAGCUGCACUUCCAGUUCGCACAAUGGAGUUGUGGAAGUGGAAAUGAACAUGGAAAUUACGCAGCGCGAGGUUCUCCCUGUCGGUGCAGAAUCUUUACAGGGGCAGCGACAGCCCACAUCUUCUGAAGUGGUCGACGACGAGGUCGUAGAUCCUUCGCAAGAUCCAUUAGUGCGCACUACGCUGAAACAUUCACAUCAUUCACAUCCGUUCACUUUCUACCAGGCAGGAGAGGCGGACGAACGAAAGCAAGAAGAUCAAGAUGAUGUCGAUGCGGGAGGGAUGGAUCUUCACGGAACAAGUGAUGCGGCUGGUGAUGAACAUGAAGCUGAAGCUAAUCGAAAUCAAAAAGUGGAAACAGCAAGCAAAGAUCAACGACCUCUUGAUGCAGGAGUACAAAACCCAAUAAACGCCGAAGACGCGAUCUCCUCCUCUUUCGUCAACGGCAUUCUGUAUGACGUGGCGGCUUCGCUGGCGGUGAGAACAAUAAAUCAGGACGAGAACAACAAACAGGAAGAGAACAAAAACUACAGUGGUUCAGAGCAGGAUCAGCUUGCAGCUUCCAAGUCGAUCAGCGUGGUGACGGAGGAGCAAGGACAUGAUGGAGGUAGAGGAAAUGGAGAUGGAGAAGGAGGAGAAAUUAGUUUGGAAGUAGAGAUGAACAGCAAAAGCCGCGACGAUGUCAACGACAAGAACGAUGACAAAACAUACUCCAGCAGCGGAGUUGUUGAUGAUCUAGGGCAAGCCAGUAAAACGCUGAAGGACCUGCCCUUCGCCUCCCCGACGGAUCAUGGGGCUGCGGAAAUAAAUAAAGGCGGUGGCAAAAACGCAGAAGAUUUGUACAACGUGCAAAAAGACGUCGUCAGCCCUGAAGAGGAGCGGCCUGUGCCAGUAACUGCUGAGGGGGCGGACGAGAUGAAUCUUGAUGAAAAUGAACCGCAGACACCGGAAGCAGGCGGUGCCGGUCAUCACGAAGCUGCGGAGGAAGAAGACCAGGAGGAGCCGCGUGGAGCAGCAGGAGCUUCCGAGGUAGAAGUUGGUGCUGUAGGACCGCAGGAAGAAGCUGCCAUGGAAAUCAUGGACGAGCAAGGACCUGUUUCGCAAGAAGUGAGCCAGCACGUUCCAGCUGUUGAGAUUGCUGCUGAUGCAGCUCCAGUGGUGCACGAGCAGCAAGAACCUCCUACGGAUCGGGAUCAACAAAAAGAACGACCCGCCCCACCCGAGGAGUCCGAUUCCGAGUUUAAGCCGCAACGCUCUGACCCGCCGGUGAUACACAGUCUGCUGGAGCGGUGCAAGGCGCUUGGGAAGAAGAUCGAACUGGAUGACGAGACGAGAGAGGAGUUGGAAGGUGUCUUGGACAACGCACGGAAACUUUACGCGCAGAUGGAAUAUGCAUUUUUGCAAAAGAAGUAUCGCACUUAGUGGUAGUACUAGUACGAGUAUGAGUUGCAUUUAGCAUAAAUUGUUGCUAGAACAAAAAAACGCAAUUUGUCGUGCUAGAUCGGGCACAAAGUUAGACUCGUCAUGCAUGAUUCGAUUGCAAGUACUUCUACGGGUGCGAUACUUUUACCUUUGCGCAGGAUAUUGAACAGCACCACGAAACGGUGCAGGAGAGGAGAAAAUCCGUGCGAAAAGUGUUUGAUGAUGAUACGGAACAAGAGCAAGAGGGUGCAAAUGAUGCAGAGCAAGAAGCGACCACGAUCAGGAUUAGUACCAGGAAACAGAGCGAAGAGGAGCGCCUGUUGGAGAUGCGGCGCAGGUCCCAGGAAGUGUUUGAAAGGCGUGGAGGUGGAGGAACAAAGAGUAGUGGAGCUACUACAUCUUCUACGCGACCGCAGUCGGCGAAACUACCGAAAAGUGGUCACCAGAGCACUGCUAGCACGCAGAAACCGCCUACUACAUCAGCGAGCACCGUUCCAGCCGGGCCGAGUUUUUCAUCAUCUUCAUCCAGUAAGGCGCCGGCGCGGCGCGAUUCGCUAGCGGCAAGAAAAUUGGAAAGUGCGGAAGCUGGAGGAGAGGAGGUACGUACAACGGAUAGCACUCAGCUGCUUUCUACAUCUAAACAUAACAAGAGGGUCUAGAGGAAUCUUCUAAGGGAUGUUGAUGUAUGCAGAGUCUGUCAGAAGUACAAUUCUUGGAUCGUGAUGAUGAUCAUGUUUCGACGAAGAAGUUCACCAUCUCGUAGAUGAGACUUGAAAUUUCCAAAACUGAUGACACUAACAGCCAAACACGUGGGACCACCAGCUCCUGAGAGUCGCGACGCUUGUGGAGGCGAAGUCUCGUUCUCGGUCACCUUCCAGGUCUCCCUCACUUCCCCCGUCGCCGCCGGGAAUAAGCAAGAGGGGCCAGCUACAGCAUGACGAAAUAAACACUAAACACCUAGAAUUAGAAAUCUCCCCUACCACGCCCCGCCCUCCGGACUGGAACUUCCAGAACCUGUUUUCCCACUUUCAGCCCUCGCCGCUGGACACGCCGGACAUCCGCAAGGAGUCCUCCCUAUCAUGUGCAAAAGUAUCGUACUCGUACUAAUUUUUGCAUUUAUGCAUGACAAAUCUAGUUCCUAAGGCAAAUCCGCAUGACAAAUUCAAUUUGUAAUGCUGAGCCAAUUUGUAUUGCAAUUUAUACUAGUACAGCGUUACUUUAUUUGCAAUUCAUACUCCCCCUCGAAGCUGCCCUUGGAAACGCGGCUCGCGAAUCAGAAAAAGCGGACAGUGCUUGAUGCGAGGUGGCGGCUGGAGGCGGAUAAUUCUAGCGCAGCUGGUGAGGACCACGACCACGGUGAUGAUUUUGAUCCAACAUCUUCCGGAGGAAAGCCGAUGAAAAAGGCCUUCUCGGCGAUCACGGCCAACCGCAUCACGGACCGGCCGCCCUGGGACAAUACUUUUAGUUUGAUGAAGGAAAUCAAACCGAGGGCGGGAGAGGAGGAGAAAAAUAUGGUCGGCGUGCAAGAACGUGGUCCUGUUGCCCGAAACAAACAGAAAGGGCCGGCGUCGAGUAAAAGCAAGAACAGGAACAAUGCUGGUACUACCAUCAGGCAAACCCAAAAUGGAAAUAACGCAAACGACCCAAAUAACGACCAUAUGAAGACCAGGAACAAAAAGCAGAAGCUGCAGCUCCUCGUUCCGUCGCACUCUAUGACAGAGAAUAAAGUCAGUCUUCAGCAAGUGGAAAACAUGAUAGAAGACGGCACAGCGGCAACAAGUGAUCAUCUAGAAGCGGUCGAACAGAUGAUGAGCGCGCUAGAGGAUUGCGAACAGGCAGAGGAAGCUUUGAAAAGUCACAUUGCGAAGCUGCAGUAUGAUGCCACACGAAGAACAGAAGAUGGCGAUCAAGAUCUUCAACGUGAUUAUAGAACUACAACAUGUUCAACAUCAAAAAACUUCCGCAGUCCGUCCAAAUUAUCCUCGAAGAUGACCAACAAGAACUUCGCUAAGUACUACGAAAACCUUACCUCGCCGGACAAAUUGAAAAAUCACGCUUGGAAAACCGUGGGCCACCCAGCGCCCUACGACGGCUUCGCGCACGGCCAGGCGUGGCCCAAAAACCGACCCGUCGGGGAGGAAAUCGAGUGGGCGGAACGGCAGCACCAGAUGCACGAGUAUGCGGAGGCCUUGCAUCGGAAGUUGAAGCGAAAGCGAAGGUCCGCGCUGCAGUGGCUGCAGCGAAAUCGAGAAGUCGUGGUCGAAGCCGGGUUGGAUCCGUAUGGAGGUCUCAAGUGCUACAUUCUCAACUGUUACAUGAAUUUGCAAUGCAAGACUGGCAAAAGUGAAAGGAGGAAGAUUGCGCCUUUUGCAUUACAAGUUUGGCGCAGCCGCAGACUUCGAUGCUGUUUAGCCCUUCCGAAAUUUGUCAUGCGAAGCCGCUCGAUCAUCUGCUGGCUGAAGGCACUUUUGCAUGACAAAUUCAUGUAACAGUUGAGAAUGUAACGUUUGAGAGCGCCAUAAUCCGGACGAGAUGAUCUCUGGCGACAAAGUGAAGACUGGGUAUCAAGUGCAAAAAGGUCUGGGUCUGGAAGGAUGCGAUCUUGUGAUGCAUACUUGGAUCACACAAAGAUCUGUCAUGCUUAGACAGCAAAGGGAGCUCCUGUUCCUGUCGCCGAAUGAAGGCGUUUGUCAUGCGGAUUAAGCAUUGCGAAACCGUCUCAAAACCUGUGAUGCUAGGUCUUGCAUGGCACACCUUCUGUGUCAAGCAGACACAGCAUCACAAACCUCAGCAAUCUUCCAGACCCAGACACUUUUGCAAUCCAUACUGGGAGUAAUAAAGCAAAAGCAAGUGGUGGUGGCGCAAAAACCAAAAUAUCUGGCCGCCCGCAAUCGGCUUCUAUUCGCCCCCAGUCUGCAGCGAAAGUUCGAGCGAGUCAGGGAUUUAACCAGGAGCAGCCAGCUGAGAUUUCCGGAAAUAAGAGCAGUAAAGGUGGCAAAGUAGUCGCUAGUACUGGUGGUCCAACAUCGAGACCGCAGUCGGCCCCGCCGGCGCGACACAAGAAAACGGAAACAUCAACUGGCGCUGGGGUCGUUGGUUCAUCGGAUCAUCAUGCGGGGAUGAAAGGAGCUGCAAAAGGUCAACAUGCCAGUAGUGGUGCUUCAGCUUCCAGCAGCAAGCGACCGUCUGGCGCAGCAGGAGCUGGUGCACCUGUGGAGGGCGCCGGGGCGCACCAGAAGGACAAUAUUAAACACGGUCAGCGGGAGCAGCGGUCCAGACCGCAACCGCAUGAGAAAACGACCGCCAAUACAACUAGCAGCAAGGGCUCGAGCAAAGAGCAGACAAAGCAGGGGCACCAGGACCCGCGAAAAAAUAAAGGUCCGGUUACAACAACAUCAGAAGACCAGCACGACGAGCAAGGUGGUCCCUCAACAGGCGGAGGUGCCAGUAACUUCUUAUGCAACAGCACAUCAACGACUUCCAAUCAGGGCAAAAAAACCUCCAAAACCCAGCCUCACACUAUCGUUCCCGCCCUCCGUCUCCCCGAGGCCACAGGCAUCCCGUUGAUGGGCAUCGCGAAGAACCAGGGCGUGGCCUACAGUUACGACAAUGAUCACAGUAAGCGGGAAAAGCAGUGGAUCCACUUCUCCCAUGAGCACGAGUACCUGCAGGACAGCCCAACGAGCGAUACCCGAUUAUGGGACUCUCAGACGUUACAUUCUCAACUGUUAGUACAUGACUUGUCAUGCAAAUUUACCAGCAAGAUCGCCACGACGAAGCUGCUUCGCAUGACAAAUCUCCGAAGGGCUAAACAGCAUCUAAAUCUGCGCCAAAUCUGUAAUGCAAAAGGCGCAGUCUUCCCCCUUUCACUGUUGCCGUUCUUGCAUUAAAAACAGUUGAGAUGAGUGUAACAUUUGAGAACGCCAUACCGCUCCCGCAAACGGAAGAAGGAAGAAGACCCAGAUCAAGAAGAAGAAGAUCAUAAUGCCAUCUUCGGCCCCUUCAGCUCCGGUAUAAACCUGAACCAGCUCCAAUACCGCAGAACAAAGGCGAACGACGCGGAUGUCGAUUUGCAGACGUCUCCCGCGGAUGAAAGAGAGAAGAAAGAGGUGAUAAGGAACGCAAAUUCCGAGCCGAGGUUUGUGAAAGUGAAGAAGAGAAGUGGAGGAAAUGGAAAUGCAAAAAGACAACAUCAAAACCCCACGUCAAUGACUUCCUCCGAAGCUGCUGGUGGUGACCCUGCUUCUACCAACAGCAACCUCAACGACGACGCUAUGGCGUUCUCAAACGUUACAUUCUCAACUGUUACAUGAUUUGUCAUGCAAAACUCCAAUCAGAUUCGACGCGAUCAAGCUGCUGCGCAUGACAAAUUCUGGAAGGCCCAAACAGGCUGAGAAUCUGUGCCAAAUCUGUCAUGCAAAAGGCGCUAUCUUCCCCCUUUCAGUUUUGCCAUUUUUGCAUCACAAAUUCAUGUAACAGUUGAGAAUGUAACAGUUGAGAACGCCAUAGACGCGGAUUCGCUGCAAGAGGCGUCGCGGGAACGGGAAAACAUCGAGAACGACUUUAUCCAGCAUUCGCACAGCUCCGUGGAGGAGGAGUUUCUGUCCUCUUUGACCGGAAGUUCCAACGAGCCGAUUGGUACUAUGGAAAUAAGCAACACCAAGUCAAAAAGUUCUUACAUUCGGCAAAGAAUUGCCAUUCCCGACGUGUUCUGGGAUUUUCGUUGAAGGGGCGGACGCAUACUUAAGUAGCUACUUAUGUGAAUUUAUGAGACGAAAGAUGAAGCCACGGUGUGACGGUCGUCAAACCCCGCCUGGGCUGUGAUCUUCUGAUUAACGCGCUUCGAAUAGCUGCGUCCUUGCAAAGUAAGAGUAGAGCCAUUGAUUCAGAUACCAGAAAUACACCCUGCGUAAUCUUGUGCUACUGUUGUAUAAUAAUGAUAAUCCGAUGCGGUCGCCACGCUUCAACAGCGUCCGCCAGAUUCUUUCAAUAGUUCUUUCGCCCAAGUAAGUAGUUCUAAAUGCCCAUCGUAAAAAAGUUGCUUCACUUAGUCAGUACCUCGAUAUCAAUUACCGCGGGAAGAUGCCGAGGCACUUCUCGAAUAGGUUUCAAAUGAACAACAGAUGGAGAUACUAGUACACGUAUUCAUUUCGUAUGGCUGACAAUUGAUGAUUGUGGAAAAUAAUUACCUCGGAAUCGGAUUAAAAUGAAUAGGAAUAGACACAGCUGCGUUGCUUGCUGAUGUACCAGUCUAAAAAGAGCUGACAUUAUUUCAUCCGAGCGGCUUGUCCCACUUCGAAAGAGUAUGAUAUGAAGGUGACUGUUGAGCUUGCAAUGAAAACAAAAGCAAAACGUAAAUGAGAACUCGCCCCCUGCUGUACCAACCGAGCCCAAAAAAGAUGAAGAAGCUGCGACACUCUGAU